GAGCAGCGCAUGGCGCGAGCCAAAGGCUCAUCCUUGGAAGAGGCAGUGGCCGUCCUUCGAGAGGCAUGCCGUCUGGACUCCCAGCGCUGGUCCGCGUGGUAUAACCUCAGCCGGGCAUUGGCGCUUUUCAGCCUCGACAGAGAGCGACAGGGCUUCACGGAUGAGUUGCGUGCUCUCACGGAGGAGCGGAUCGCAGCCCUGCGGGCUGCGCAAGGUCUUCGGCCCAGGCAUGCGGGCUGCUUGUACCGGUUGGGGAUGGCUUGCCGGGAGAAGGGAGAGAACGAGGAGGCCCUCACCUUGCUGGCAGACUUCAUGGAG